AUGAAAUAUGCAAUUAUUUCACAUAAUAUUGACUUUGUUUCGUUUUUGUGGAAUGAAUAUGGCAUUCACAUCAAAACAAAAUGUUGUGGUCGUUACAAAAACAUUCAAGCAUUUUUAAUAGAUGUUGAAGAUUAUGACAAUAUUUAUAAAUGUCUGAUUUAUUCUCCAUUAUUCCGAAUCACAUCGCUUGUUGAAAUGCUUUUUCAGUAUUUAUAUUCUUGUUAUGGGGAAGGCAUUGAUUUUCGAAGAGCUCUUGAUUUUGCAAUAUAUUCCAACAGCAGGGAUAUUUUUACUAUUUUCUUUCCACAAUGCAAGCACUGUUAUCUCCAUGAGACAAUUGAGUUAUUUAGAAAAGAUUCAGUAGAAAUAGCAAAAGUUAUUAUUGAUAAUGAAAAGAAUUUGGACCCAUAUUAUUAUUAUUUUGAUUAUAGAAUUCUGGAACUUGCAUUUGAAUACAAUAGUAUCAAUCUACUUAAAUAUAUUGUCUCCCUUGUAUGUAAAUUCUGUGAAAAGUGUCCAUGGUAUACAUUUAACAAUUUUUAUGUGGAAAAAAUGAAAGGUAAUAAUGUUGUUGAUUUCUUGAAUAAUUGUUAUCCAUCUAUAAUUCCACAUUUAUUUAAAUAUGCCUUAAAUUGUAAAGGUUUUGAAACAUUUGAAAAUCUUAUUGCUCAAGGUCCAAAUAUAAUGGCUGAAGAUGGUUUUGGAAAUACUGCCCUCCAUAUUGCAGCAAAAUGUGAACGAACAGAGAACAAUGAACUUGAGUAUCUUAUAACUCACGGAGCUGACCCUAACGCCAAAAAUUGUGGAGGGAAUACUCCUCUUCAUCUUCUGAUGGAGAGAAUUGAUGUCACAAUUAAAGAAAUAGAAUAUCUAAUCGACCAUGGAGCAGAAAUUAAUGCGAAAAAUAAUGAUGGGAAUACUUCUCUUCAUCUUUUGAUAAUGAGAGAAGAUUUGGCUAUUAAUGAAAUAGAAUAUCUAAUUGAUCAUGGCGCAGAAAUUAACGCUGAAAAUUGUGACGGAAACACUCCUCUUCUCCUUAUGAUGGCGAGAAAAGAUGUAACAAUGAAAGAAAUUGAAUAUCUAAUUGAUCAUGGCGCAGAAAUUAACGCUGAAAAUUGUGAAGGAAAUACUCCUCUUCUCCUUAUGAUGGCGAGAAAAGAUGUAACAAUGAAAGAAAUUGAAUAUCUAAUUGAUCAUGGCGCAGAAAUUAACGCUGAAAAUUGUGAAGGAAAUACUCCUCUUCUCCUUAUGAUGGCGAAAAAAGAUGUAACAAUGAAAGAAAUAGAAUAUCUGAUCGAUCACGGCGCAGAAAUUAACGCUGAAAAUUGUGAAGGAAAUACUCCUCUUCUCCUUAUGAUGGCGAGAAAAGAUGUAACAAUGAAAGAAAUUGAAUAUCUAAUUGAUCAUGGCGCAGAAAUUAACGCUGAAAAUUGUGAAGGAAAUACUCCUCUUCUCCUUAUGAUGAAGAAAGAUGUAUUAACAAUUCGUGAUAUUGAGUAUUUUAUUAGUCAUGGAGCAGAUAUAAAUGCGAAAAAUAAUGAAGGAAACACACCUCUUCUUUUAAUGACGAUGCAAGUUAAAGUUGCACACAAUGAAAUAGAAUAUCUUCUUGAUCAUGGUGCAAAUAUUAAUGCAACAAAUGACAGAGGAAAUACCCCGCUGCUUAUUAUGAUGAUGAGAGAGGAUAUUAUAAAUAAUGAAAUAGAAUAUCUUAUUGAUCAUGGUGCCAAUAUUAAUGCGAAAAAUAAUCAUGGAAAUACUCCUCUUAUUAUUGCAGCUAAAACCAAGAAAAUAAGAAAUUCUAUUCUAGAAAAAAUAUUAUCGCUUGGAGGAGAUAAAGAUGCGAAAGAUAUAAAAGAAAAUACACCUCUCCAUUAUGCAGUUAGUUUAAGUGAGUUUAAAAAAGUUGAGUCACUUGUUACAUUUGGUGCAAAUGUCAACAUUAAAAACAAAAAAGAUCAAACUGCAGUUCAAAUAGCAACCCGCAAAAAUAUGCCCACUAUUGUUGAACUUUUACUAAAAUAUGGUGCAGAUCCAUGUAUAAAAGAUAAUAAAGGUGAAUACGCCCUCGGAAUUGCUCAGCAAAAUAAAUUCAAAGAUAUUUUGAAAUUAUUUUAUUUUAAUCGAAUUCACAAAAAUUAUAAAACUCAUCUUCAAGUAUCAUCGAAUUCGAUGAACAACAAAGACGCAAAAACCAAGGUCUCAAAGCAUAGAAUGUCUUGGGCAGCACCCAAUCUUCAUCCAAGUGUUAUUCGCACUUCUGCACGAAGAGAUAGUGAAAACUUAUCUAAUUUUGAAUAA